AUUUUAAACCCUUCCCCGGAAACAGGGAGGGGAGAAGAAGGAAGAAACGGGUGUUGCCUUAGACCGACUUAUUGCAAAUUUUCAGGUUUUAAAUUUUGUUAUGGAGUGUAAUUUAUUGUGUUUAUAACGUACGUGGCGAUAAACGAGAAUGGCUGGGACGGCGGUGACACCGGCUCCGGCGACCGGGGUAUCAUUGGAUGCCGGAGUUGGUGGCAGCGGUGGAGGUGAGGCCCCGAGCAAUGGAUUGAAACCCUCGGACUUGAACGCUUUCCGAAUUUCGGCGGUGAUUGAUCGUUUGUCACUUCACGUCCACAGCCACCAGAAGAACGACGCCGUAGAGUUCUUAAACCUCUGCCUCUCCCUCGCCAGAGGUAUUGAUUUUGCCAUUGCGAACCAUGACGUUCCACACAGAUCUCAAGAGUUGCCUUCACUUAUAAAGCUGGUCUGCCAGAAUAAAAAUGAUACCCUCCUGCAAGCAGCGAUUAUGGUCCUGAUGAUUUCUGUUAAGAGUGCUUGUCAAAGUGGUUGGUUUUCUGAAACAGAUUCUAAAGAGCUAAGCGAUCUGGCAAACGAGAUUGCGAGUAACUAUGGUAGGGUGUCAAAUGUUAACACUGAACCAAGCUUUUCUCUUUCUGCUAUCUCAACAAUCAUAUCAAGAUUCUACCCGAAGUUGAAAAUGGGUCAUAUCUUUGCCUUUUUGGAAGUCAAGCCUGGAUACGAAGCUUAUGUGAGUGACUUCCAGAUUUCAAAGAAUUUGAAGUCUUCUCCAGGAGAUAAAAUAAGGUUAUUUGUUGUCCAAACGGAUUGUAUUGAGACAUCCUCCUGCCUCAUUAGUCCUCCAAAAGUGAACUUUCUCUUGAAUGGAAAGGGAGUGGAGAAGAGGAAUAAUCUUUUCAUGGAUACAGGACCACAAGUUCCAACAGUCGUGACACAUUUUCUGAAAUAUGGGUCAAAUCUUCUUCAAGCUGUGGGUGAAUUUAAUGGAAAUUACAUUAUAGCAGUUGCUUUCAUGAGUGAGAUGUCAAACCCUGAUAGCAAUAUCCUCCAAGAUUAUGAGCAGCAAGCCCCUGCCGUUGUCGAUUCAGAUUCCGAAGUAAUUGUGGGGCCAUCACGGAUAUCACUAAAUUGUCCUAUUAGCUUCAGGCGUAUCAAGACUCCUGUCAAAGGCCAUUCAUGCAAGCAUAUUCAGUGUUUUGAUUUUGACAACUAUGUGGACAUAAAUUCAAGACGACCUUCCUGGCGCUGCCCCCACUGUAAUCAGCAUGUCUGUUUCACUGAUAUUCGCGUGGACCAGCAAAUGGUUAAGAUCUUGAAAGAGGCUGGGCCCAAUGUCUCCACCAUAGUUGUCUCCUCGGAUGGGUCAUGGAAUGCUGUCAUGGAAGAGGAUACCGUACAGAAUCCAGAGGAUGAGACCUUUAAUGCAGGAGAGGAUGAGUUUUCACAACCUAGGGAUGUCCUGGAUCUAACUCAGACUGAUGAUGCAAUAUAUGCUAUUUCAGCUUGCGAACCUGAAGACAGAAAACAUUUUUCAGAUGCUGAUCUUCAAUUUAUGGAUCAGACUGAAGCAAUCAACCCUCAUAUAGCCAACACAAACGAUGUCAAUCAAAGUAGCACUCAUGUUGCAAAUGACUUCAGGUCCGGAAUCUACACGCCAACCAUUGGGCUGGGGCUGCCAUCAAAUUUUCGACCCAAUCCAGAUAUUGCUGGUUGUCCUGUGUCCAUUUCAGCUAUAACUCAUCCCUUCACUUCUCCAAGUCAAGAAGUUGAGGCUUUCCGUGGUAAUGCUCUAGUUACAGCCUCCACAUCACAAACUGCAACUUCUUUGCCAAAUACAUCCCAAUUGCAGCAGUACCAAUUUGGAAAUCCGUCUAUCACCAAUGAGUAUGGAAGGUUUCCAUCAGUACCCAGGCAUCUUUCAAGAACACCAAUUGCAGUUCAGGCCCUUCCUGCUCAGCCUCCAACUUCUGUCCAACAAAGUUCUAGAAAUAGUGUCAAUGCUUUAACCCAGAAUGGUCUGUCAGCAGCUUCACCAGUCUCACCCUCUGUACCAAACAGCUCCACGCCAUUGCGUGCAAAUCCACAUGAGGUGUCACAGAUGUCUUCAUCUCCAUUGGUUCAGCGUCCCAGUGUACAGCAAAAUCGUCCAUUCCUGUCUGCUCGACCACCUCAUCAGAAUGCUGGUUCCCAGAACCUGAAUCAGAUCCCAAAUGCAUAUAGAGUUUCAAAUGAACACCACAGUUCAAGUCAGCAGAUGGUCAAGCCCAGGGUGCCUCAUCCAAGGAGUCGAUCACCAGGCCUGAACCAAUCAUCUAUGCAGUCUUCUGGCAGCUUAUUGCAUUCCCAACAAACUCAUUUGAUUGCGGCUGCAAACAGAACUGUGCAGAUGGCUAUUGGUGAACCGGGAAUUUCCCCCUCAAGUUCAAGGAAACCUGAUGGACGUAGUAUGCUAUCACUGGGAAACCAAAUGGGCAAUAUCGGAGUUACAUCAUCACCAGUCACAAGGACUGAUACUUAUGAUCCCUCUGAGGUGAAUUGGCGGCCAGCAGGCCGGAUGCGUGGAGCCCUCUCUGGCCAGGCUUAUACUGAUGCGUUGAACCAGUUCAUUAUUCGGCCCAGUCAGCAAGCUCAAGCUGCCAGACCAGUCCCAAAUUUGACCUCACUACCAACUAAUGUGCAAUCACAUUUGCAAGCCGUUGUGGCUGGUGAAGCUGUCCAGGUUACUCCAGCACAAAAUCAUCCUUCUGCAGGACCAGCUAGCAGCCCAGUCAUUCCAGAAACAUUGCCUGAUGGCACGUCUGCGAACAAUUGAGUCAUGGACUUGAGGGGAGCCAGCUGGUGACCUAUUUAUAGAAAAAUUGAGGUAUUGUGUGUAUGUGUGUGUGACGAAAAAGGAACUACAGCGCAAUGGGUUUUCUAUAAUUACUUGUGUGAAAUUUUUUAGCUAUUUCUUGAACGGCUGGUUUUGUGCAUAAACUGAGAAUGCUUUUAUCUUUCUUUGUUGUGUGCGCAUUUAGAACUAGCAACUACAGGUCAAUGAUGUAUUUUUAAUUGUACUGUAAAAAAUUUGGAAGAUGUUUGUAUGAAAUGUAUUGUUGCUGGAUUC